UUCCUCUCUUCUUCAACUUCAAGGUUCCCUCUCUCCCUCUCUCUCCGAUCGGUGUGCAUUUAGUCCAUUCUACAAACCCUAAAAACGAAAAUUAACUCUAUGCCUCUCCUUUAAAUUAGUUUACUGCUACUGGGUCUAGUUUGAGCCCCUUCUUCCUUUUGUUUUUGUUUGUUUUGUUUCGAGUUAAUGGGAUGCAACGAUUUUGAUGCCAAGAAUAUAAAAGGAACCAGACCAAUUCUGAAGCAAACGUCUUUGGGAUUUUGCUUUAAGUGUUUGCAAACUGGGUUUUUUCAAAUGUGGAGGUGAAUAAGGAGUUUUAGAGCAGUUGUUUAACAAUGGUGAGGCGUCACGGAUGGCAACUUCCGGCUCAUACAUUUCAGGUUGUGGCCAUUACCAUUUUCUUUUUGCUAUCGGUUGCAUAUUAUGCCUUCUUUGCUCCCUUUCUUGGAAAAGAUAUCUAUGAAUAUGUGGCUAUUGGUGUCUACUCUAUCAUGGCACUCUCUGUUCUUAUCCUGUAUGUUCGAUGCACUGCUAUUGAUCCUUGUGAUCCUGGAAUUAUCCUUGAAGCUGACAAGGCAUCAGCUUGUAAAUCACACAAUGAAAUGGAUCUGCCAGGGAAUGCAUCUUCUAUCAAAGAACCUUGCACGAUAGGAUUAAAGUAUGGAAGUGAAUAUAGUAGGCAUAAUAAUUCACGAUGGUGUUCCAAACUUGGAGGUUUCUUUUGUUCUUGCAUCGUACAAGAAGAUUGCUGCAAAGAUGAAGGCCUUUUGCAGCAACAAUCUGGAGAAGAAGAUGCUUUAUUCUGCACAUUGUGUAAUGCAGAAGUGCGCAAAUUCAGCAAGCAUUGUAGAAGUUGUGAAAAAUGUGUUGAUGGAUUUGAUCAUCAUUGUCGAUGGUUGAAUAAUUGCGUGGGCAGGAAAAAUUACAUCAGUUUUGUGUGCUUGAUGGCAGCUAGCCUUGUUUGGCUUAUUGUUGAAUUUGGAGUUGGCAUUGCUGUCUUUGUGCGAUGUUUUACUGAUAGAAAAGGUACAGAAAGUGAUAUAACCGAGAAGCUUGGAGUUGGAUUCUCUCGCCCCCCCUUUGCUACUGUGGUGGCCCUCUGCACAGCUGUUUGUUUUCUUGCAAUUGUGCCUCUGGGAGAACUGUUCUUUUUCCAUAUAAUUUUGAUCAGAAAGGGUAUCACAACAUAUGAAUAUGUUGUUGCAAUGAGAGCACAAAGUGAACCACCUGGACAGUCUGCGGAUGGUGAAGAUCAGCAGAGUAUGCCGUCGUCACCGACCAGUUCAGCUGUGACUGCCAUAAGUGGAAGAAGCUCUCUUGGAAGGAGCUUGCAAUACAAAGGUGCUUGGUGUACCCCACCUAGAAUCUUCAUGGACCAACAGGAUGAAAUAAUCCCACAUUUGGACCCGCGUCGCUUACCAUCCACAGUAGAUCCGGAUGCUGUACAGCCACCAGACAAGGGUAAAAGAUUGCCUCAACAUCCUGUCCGAAUAAGUGCAUGGAAACUUGCUAAAUUGGACUCUAAUGAGGCGGUUAAAGCAGCUGCCAAAGCUAGAGCAACCUCAUCCGUCCUUCGUCCUGUAGGCCCUAGGCAUCAUCCAUACAGUGUUGAUCAACUGUCUAGUAGUAACAUCAGUGGAAGAAGCAGUCCCAUCAGUACUGAUCAUGGGUUUCAGAUAAAAAAUGCUAGACCAGGGACAUUGAGCUCAUAUCCUUCAAGUCAUGCUAGCAGAGAAGACGCUGAAUCAUGUGCUCUCAGCAUUGGCGACAUGAGCAGCCAUCUUUCCAGCAUAACCCCCUCUCCAAUGGCACAGCAACAUUCAAAUAGAGAACAUUUCAACCCCAUGUAUGGAACGUCAGUCAAUCAAUCUCCUUUGUCAACAAAACAAAGUGAAGGGAUUGAACAUGCAGCUGAACAUCCUAUCAGAAAAAAUUCUAGUGCAAUAGAAAGCCCCAGAACCUCAGUUUUUUGGGAUCCAGAAGCAGGGCGCUUCGUCUCUUCCUCGUCCAGAAAUGCGAGCCCUUUGCAUGCACCUAGAUCAGAGCUUUUGUAUAGUGGUCAAUCAAUAUUUUUUGGUCCUCCUAUGAAUGAACAAGUUAACAGAGGAAUGAGGAGUACUAGUUCAUUGUUACACGGGUUGGAUAGAGGUUCUGCACCGAGUCAUCAUCUUCAUCAGCAGCAGGGUAGAUCACAGAGAGGUGGCCAGCUCCCCGUGUUUGUUCCUAGUGAUUAUCAUUCUCUAGAAAAGCAAUUUCCGUCUAGGUUGCCAAUGCCAUGAGCACCAAAAAAAGAGAUGCUUAUCCUUCAUUUGAUUUGAAUUU